GACAGGUUCGCCUGGUACUCGGAAGCUUCGCUGCCUCGUAUCUCUUUCGUUCCACUCUGUACUGUGCAUAUGGAAGAAUGUGCUAUUGUAUACAGUCGCCAUUUUCAAAUGCGCUGGACAGUGGUUUUAAUGCCUUUGUGUUUGUGUACUCCUGACGCUACGCCACCGUACGAAGAGGAUGUGAAGAUUAUCGGGUCAUCAGCGGAUUAUGAAGGAUACAGCAUUGCAUCGGAAAUUCUUAGAAAUUCCAUAAAUUUUUCGGUGGAUCCAUGCGAGGAUUUCUAUGAGUUUACUUGUGGUAACUGGAUAGCUAGCCAUCCGAUUCCUAAAGACAAAGAUAGCUACGAUCAUGAUGAGAUCCUCAAGGAUAAAGUGCUAGAGCAAUUAAGAGGUCUGUAUGAAUCAAACGACACCUUUGGAUCAAAAGCUGUGAAUGUUUUAAAGACCUUCUACAAAAAGUGUAUGGAUAAGGACGAAAUGAACCGUAUUGGUGCUAAGCGCCUAAUAGAGGACGUCAGGAGUUUCGGCGUUUGGCCGGCUUUGGAAGGAGACAACAAUUGGAAAAAGGAGAAUUACAAUUUGACUUCGUUGCUAAUCCACGUGUAUCUUCGCCGUGAAACCUUUAAAUUCGUCACUUUCGAUGAAAGUAAAGAUGACACAAAAAUUCGACUUCUCCUCCAGAACUACUUGUGUAGUACAGCAGGGUUAUGGUUCCUUGCUGUUAACGGUUCUAUCUCACAGUUCGAACGAGAUCCAGAUCUCUUGGGUGGAAUAUAUUACGAUUACCUGGGUGAAGAGAAUGGAACUCAAAUUGGAUCUCUAAAACAAAUUCUUACUAGUCAGAUCGAGCAAAUUCAAAAGGAUGGUGAACUGCCUAUUAAUGUAUCGAAAAUUGAAAAAGAUGUAGAUGAAAUCAUUGAUCUGGAGAUGAGAAUGGCGAAGAUCAUGGAAGCAGAUGUAAAUGACACCGAAACAAAGCGUGAUUUCCAUCUGAGCGAUAUGCAAAAAUUUAUGCCAUCUAUCAAUUGGCAGCAAUUCUUCCGUGCUGUAGCUCCUUCCGCUUCCCAUUAUUUUGCUUCAGAUCCACAAAUUCUCAUAAACGAUGUUGAUUAUAUAAAAAGUGUAAACAAACUUCUGCAAUCAACAGAUCCUCGUAUAAUCACUAACUAUAUUUUCAUGUGGUUUUCUCGAGAAUGGUUGGACGAAAUGGGAGAUGUAUAUGAAGACAUUAAACAGGAAUUCAAUAAAAUCAUCUCUGGGCAACAGCAAAAAAGAACCCGAUGGAAGUUUUGCACUAGUAUCGCUAUGGAUUAUAUGGAUUAUGCAACAACAGCGUUAUACGUAAAGAAAGAACUGCAUGAGACUACGAAGGAGGAGGUACUGGAAAUUUUCGAGGACCUUAAGAAAGAGUUUGGCAAGAACCUCAACACCAGCUACUGGAUUGAUGAUGAAACCAAAAUUGAAGCUCUGAAUAAGUUGGAUAAGAUGCUGCCUGAGAUAGCUUACCCAAAAUUGGUUCUAGAUACAGAGAUGCUUGACAAGCAUUACAGCGAUUUGGAUGUGCACGACACGGAUUCGUUUAGUGAAAUAUGGGAAAAAAUAGUUAGAUGGCGAAUCAAGGACUUCUUCGAACAGCUAAGGAUGGUUCCAGACCGUUUCGUAUCCUUCAACCCAGCCGAUGUUGAUACAGUACAAUACGCUUUCGAAAGCAACUCUUUGCGUAAGCUCUCUGCAACUGCAUUAUGCAUGGAUCCUUCAUAUCUCAAAGCUAUUUGA